CCAACUCUGUAUGACGACUAUGGACUGUACAACAUUGUAACAACACAGAUUUCUUUGCUCCUUUCUUGAAUUGCCUGUUUUUAAAGGGCGUCAUCUUUCCUCUCAUCCCAAGGGCGACCCCACAUCCACAAUGCCUCAGCUCAAGCCCAUCCUCAAACAGUCCUACUAUGUAUUAGCAGGCGUAGGUGCGAUAUGGGCAUCCUUCCUGAUCGCGCUGAUCAAUCCCACCAUUCAGCGGCAUGCAUUGUAUGCACAUAAGUUGCAUACAGGGUUCUGGAAUAAUGUUUCGAACCCUGAAGAAUUUGGGUUUGCUAAGGGUCAGGUGGCGCCUUUUCAUCUCCAAACGAGUGACGAUGAGACACUGCAUUGCUGGCAUGUAUUGCCGAUGGACGUCUACCUGGAGAACGAAGCGGAAUUGGUUCAAGAAACCGUCACAGGUUUGGUCGUAGAGGACCUGACGAAGACGGUGGGCUACAAGCUUUUCAAGAGAGACUCGAAGAGCAAAGUGGUUGUCAACUUCCACGGGAAUGCUGGCCACCUGGCGCAGGGAUAUCGGCCAGCGACCUACCGUUCCAUAUCUGGGAUAUCCCACACUCAUCUCAUAACGUGCGACUAUCGUGGAUUUGGUAUAUCGACUCUCAACAAUGCGCCCCAUAUUCCCACCGAGACCGGACUAAUUACGGAUGCAAUAAGCAUGAUCAACUACGUCCUCCACACGCUCAAACACCCUGCCGACCGUACGGUUCUCCUUGGCCAGAGUCUUGGAACCGCUGUUACAGCCGCUUCAGCCCUCUACUUCACGGACCCAACAUCCGUCUACCUUCCCUCCACGCUCGCCACCACCAUCUCCCCACCAGCACCAAAAGAGCCGAUAUCCUUCGCUGCAAUUAUCCUCGUGGCACCCUUCUCGAACCUCCCGGAGCUCUUGAAAACAUACAACAUGGCCGGGAUAUUCCCUGUGCUCAAGCCCUUGCAACCAUACCCGCGCAUAGCCAGAUUCCUGGAAUCCAAGAUCCUCGACCACUGGCCCACGCAGGACCGCCUGCGCGCCCUGAUCUCCUCCACGAAGACUCCGGCGUCGACGCACAUUCGCAUCAUUCACGCGCGAAACGACCAGGACAUUGGGUACCAGACCAGCGAGAAGCUGUUCACCUCGCUGGAGAAGUCUUUCCUCGGAGAGGAGAACGUAAUCUCAGACCACGAGCGCCGCAGCAUCCACGGCGGGGACAGGGUGAAGAGGGGCGCAUUUGCGUACAGGAGGGUGGAGGACGCCGACGGGAAGAGGACCGUGGAGCUGGAGGUUGUGAGGUACGGUGGGCAUAACCAGGUUGUCGGGUUCGCGCAGGUCGGGCUGGCGGUCAGGAGGGCGUUUAAUGUGAAGACGUUCAGGCCAGGGCUGGAUGUCGAGUAAGUAGGUCCCAGUGGAGCGUCGUUGGAAAGGUAUGUGCGCGAAAGACGUUGAUGAGACGAGACGAGAAGGAACGUAUUGAUAUAGUGUCAAAAUAUAGUUCAGAGUAAUGGCUGCCUGUAUAUCGAACGAAAUGUAUUUCAUGAUGUGCGUCGACGCUUCCCUGUCUUGCCUCUUUCGCACAGUUCGGGCGCCAACCAUUCGAUAGCAUGAUUUUGUGCAGCGAUUUCAG